AGGAAGCAUGAGUUGAAAUGUGAUAAAUUAAAGCUUAACAAUCAACUAACAUACUUUCAUCUCUUCCAAUAAACUGCAAAAGAAAAAAAAAAGAAAAGAUCCACUACUAUUAUUCUCCUGCUUUCUCCCUUCCCAAUGCUAUGUCUCUGUAUUUUUUGAAACAGAAAAGAACAAGCCCAUAGUAGUAAGAUGUGAGUGGGCAAGAGAACCAAGAACACACAACCCAUUUAUGUAUUACUAUGUGUAAGAAAAAGUCGGUCACUUUUGCUAUUUAAUGCCCCUUGUCUGAUUCUUCCUUUAUUUUAUUUUUUUUCUGAAAGGCGCUACAUACCUUUAUCUUCUUUUUAACCUUUCUUGUGUAUUAUGCAGACGAGUUUUUGCACUUUUUUUUUUUUGAAUUAAUUCAUACAAACAACAACUGUGUGGGUAAAUUUGUCUGUAAAAGUUGAUGCAGAUAAGGUCACACUGAAGUUGUUAUAGCUGUUGCCUUCUUUUUUACCCCCCUUUCUUGUGCAAAGAUUGUUGCUUUUUUUGGUUCUUGAACACCCCCACCCCGCCCCACCCCCCACCUACCAACACACAAGACUUGAGGACUUGGGGUGUGUUGGUAAUGGUACUGAAAGUGUUCAUGUAUGGCUCACAUUCAAAGUAACAAAAGUGUUGGUGGUAGUACUGCAGCAGCAGCAGAUGAAGUGAAACCACCACCACCACCACCAGCAGCAGCAGCAGCAGCUACUACAACUACUUUUCAUGAUUUUUUGGGUAAAGGGUAUCAUCAAGAAUCAUCUCCAGUGAUGUCUGGCAGAGUGGUGUUGCCAUCUGAGGCAUCUCCAUCUGCUUCUGUCUCAGUUGGUGCUUCUUCUGGGGGUGGCCGUGGUCCCAUUUCCACCACUUCUGAUCUGGGGUCUGAAAGACAUGUAGGAAAUCAUUAUGAAGGAGUGCCAUUCUAUGGCCUAAGGGGUGAACUUUCAGGGGCUGAGCCAAGUAAUCGAUUGUCGGGAACGAAAAGAAGCAAUUCUGACUCUUUAAUGGGGUCAACAAGAGAUAAAUUUUCAACGCUGCGACCAGACACAUUGGAGAGCUCACAUAUGCAGAAGCUACUACGAAAUGCAGGGGGCGAGCGACGUGGACGGCCACAUGACCAAGAAAUGUCCUUUGUUAUGCAUCCAAUGAGGCCACUUCAUGCCUCUUUAAUAUCACAACCAUCUGCCACCGGUAGAACUGAUGUCAAUGCUUCCAAGUGGGAUCGAGUUAUUCCUCUCAAUGUUGGUCCCACCUUGCAGUUUCCUCCACGUGCUAGUCAUGUUUUACCUUUUGGCUAUCAAUCGUCAGCCAACAGGUUUGGAGAUGCCAAUGCUGGACCUUCUACUAUAUCUCAAGCUGCUGAUGAAGGAUCAAGGACAGGAAUCAAAGGAUCCGGAAUAUUGAGCUCCAUUAAUGCAAGUGGUGGAAUCUCUGAUAGAAGCCUUACUGGGGUGCCAUUAAGUGGUGCCAAGCAGAAGUCUGCACUUCACUUGUCUGACCUAGAAUCUUCUAACCCAUGUCGGCAAGGAUCGUCAUCUGCUGGCUCUCAAAUGACUAUAUUUUACGGGGGUCAAGCCCAUGUUUUCGAUAAUGUCCAUCCCAACAAGGCAGAUGUUAUAAUGUCCUUAGCUGGAUCGAAUGGAGGAUCUUGGUCAACAACGUAUGCUCCAAAAUCUGCUGCAAGGCCAUCAACUGGAGAAAAUUAUUCGCCUAAAGCAGAGAAUGAGACAACCAACGGCAGUAACUUAGCUCUAAUAAGAGAGUUCCAUGGCAGGUCAUCUGGCAAAGCAGGUUUCACCCACGGUAUUGGUUCUGGUGAUCACAUUUACAUCCCUCAAGGUAUCCAUCGAGGGUCUAAGGAAGCAAAAAGUGCAGUCCAAGCAGCAGAAAACAAUACUGAUGAAAAACGAGAAGUGUGAUUCAGACUCCAAAUUGUUUAAAACACUAGUGAAGAAGCUGAUAUUGUCACAAAUCAGUCAUCUUGCUCCUCUUAUAUUCCUUUAUAUCUUUCACCCUAGAAACCAAACCUCCAAUCUUGUGCCACUCUUUGUUUAGUUGCAUAUUCCAAAAGAAAUGCAUGCAGCAGAUGUUUUUGUAGACCUUGAACCCUCAAGACAUGUAUGCUCCAUCUCUUGGCUAAAGUCUAAAUGUGAAUGGCUACAGAGGAAUUCAUUCAUGUGUCUUGGAUUGUAGUUGAUUGAUAUUGGGUUUCUUAAUCCUUUCCUUCUUAUUCCAACAGGAGCUUAUUAAUCUUGAAAUUUGAAGUCACCUAUUUUAGAGUU